GCAUAAGUAAUAUAAUUUUAAUUCAUGCCAUUCGAUUCGCAGAAAUAUAAUGCAUUUAAUUCCACAUACCGAGCUCCGCAAAAACAAAGCGCCCUAACGAAAUUGGUUGAUUUAUAAUAGAUUUCCGAAGAACGUCAUUCAAUUAUUAGACGUAGGGCAAAAAUAUUGAAUCUUAAAGUAAAAACUAUAAAUUGUACGUAUUAAUCAGGUUUAUUUUUGGCUUAAUAUUCAAUCAAUUAAGGUAGGUGUAUUACUAUUAUUUAUUUAUUUAUUUGGAUUUGCAACAAGAAUAACAUAAUACAAGCAUACUUACAUGUGUAGCAUUAUAGUACGUUAAAUGAAACGUCUAAAUUUCUACAGCUGUAGUGAGCUGUCUACCUCUUGACUGCCGCUGUCAGCCAUUGGUCUAAUGUUGGAAAAUAUUAUUCUUGCGCUGAAAUAAAACUUCUAGAUUACCAAUUUUAUAUGUUUUAAGCUUAAGUAAAUCACAAUGCUUGCACAGUGCAGCUUCUGUAAAUAAAUUAUCGCUUUAAUGUGAGGAAAAUGCUAUAAGCAGUGUGUUUUAAUAAAGUUUUACUUGUUGUGUAAACUACUGAGUUUCAAAUGGAGUAUACGGAGCAGAAUCUAGCAUAUGCGGUGUCGGUUUUUUAUAACGGAGAACAGAAUGAAAGGGCGAAGGCCCACGCCUGGCUUACAGCAGCGCAAAGGGUCCCUGAAGCUUGGAAUUUCGUGUGGGAAUUACUUCAACCAAGCAAGGGCACAGAAGUACAAUUUUAUGCUGCGACAACAUUACAUACAAAAAUCCUGCGAUGCUGGAAUGAGGUGCCACCAGAGAGCUAUGAUGAACUGAAAGACAAGAUACUACAAGCUGUGUUUACUUAUUCAAAAGGACCCAAGAUUGUUACUAAUAGAUUAUGUAUUAGUCUUGCAGCAUUUAUCCUACAACAAGGCACUGUGGAUUUGGCAACUAUAUUAAGACCAUUAUCAAAUGUAGAAAAUACAACACUGUUGUUAGAAGUACUAACUGUGAUACCGGAAGAAUACAACAGCAUGACGAUGGGGUCAGCACUCCGUGUCAAGAACCGCAUAGCACUCCAGCAGGCUUGUCCAGCGGUUUUGGAUGACAUGCUUCGAUGUUUACAAACGGUAUACAAUACGGAGUACACGAAAGAGCCUCCGUCGGAGGCGGUAGUCCAGUCGUGGGUGACGGCGGCGACGUGCGCGUGCAGCUGGCUGACGCUGGGCGGCGAGGACGCGGCCGAGCACGCGGCCGGCGCGCUCCCGGACCGCAUGCCGCUGUGUCGCGCGCUGCUCGCCGUCGUGCAGCUGCUCUAUACUUGGAACUCGGCAGUGAGCGACAGUCCGCUGGACGCGUGCGAGGCGUGCCUGUCGGCGGUCCGCGCGGCGGGCGGCACGGCGGCGGCCGCGCGACACCCCGCCGCCGCCGCGCAGCUGCUGGCCGACCUGGCCGCGCUCGCCGCGCCGCUCAUGGCCAGAGAUAAUGUGCCUAAUUCUAUCAACGAGGAGCUGAUAUCAGCGCUGAUCACAUGCUGCGUGGCGCUGGGCGAGUGCCACGCGCACACGCUGGUGCGCGCCGCCGAGAGCGCGGAGGGCGCGCCCGCCCGCCAGCUCAUAGAGCUGCUGCUGGCCGCGCAGGCCGCGCCCGGACACUACCCCAUACACGAGACACGCUCCAACCUCGCCUUCGGGUUCUGGUAUACGUUGCAGGACGAAGUACUGAACGUGAUGGACCGGACGCACGACAUCCACCCGGUGUGGCGGCAGGUGUUCUCGCGGCUGCUCACGGCGCUAGUCACCAAGUCUGAAGCGCCAGCGGACCACGCCCUCUCCCGGGACGAUCUCGAACUGCUACGCUGUUACCGCCAGGACAUCGCUGAUACUGUGAUGUACUGCUACGGUAUCCUCGGCGAGUGGUGUUGGACGACAGUAGAAGCUGCCUUCAGUGCAGCGACUACGGAGUGCGGGCGCGAAGCCGCACUGCACGUGUUCGCGGCGCUCGCGGACGCUGCGCCUGCGCAGAGGGAUCCGCCCGCGCUACUAUCGCUCUUACAACACGCUCUCACUGUGGCACACUCAUCAACUAAUAAAAGGAUGCUGAACACAGCGCUUGAUUGCCUUGGUGGCUACGCGUCAUGGGUGAGCACGUCAGGCCAGAGCGGCGAGCUGGGCCGCGCGUGCGUGCGGGCGGCGGGCGCGGCGCUCCCGCGCUGCCCCGCGGCCGCCGCGCUGGCGCUGCGCAAGCUGGCCGCCGACUGCAGCGCGCCCGCCGCCGCGCUCGCGCCAGACAUCGUGCAGGCCGCGCAGAGCAGCGCGGGCCGGUCAGACGCGUGGGUGCGGCGGCAGCUGGUGGCGGCGGCGGGCGCGGCGCUGGCGGCCGCUGAGCUGGACGCCGCCGCGCCGCUGCUGCAGGGGCUGGCGCAGACGCUGCGGGACGAGCUGGCUGAACAGGCGACCAGCGAGCGUCGUGUGGGCGCGGGUGCAGCCGGCGCAGUGGGCGCGGCGUCGUGUGCGGCGGCCCUGCUGGGCGCGCUGGCGCCGCGCGCGCCGCUGGCCGCCGCACUGUUCACCACACUAGCGCCCGCACUACCGCCCUAUGCGGCAGACCCGGCGCUCGUAGAGCCAAUGUUCCACAUACUGAAGCAAACGGUGUCGUCUCUGAUCGACGACUGCAUGGCGCUAGUGGCGGACAUCGGACAGCUGAUCGUUGCUGGCUUCAACACUUACCCCUGCGCGUCUGGCCUGGACGUCGUUAAACUGGUGGUGCUAGCUCUGGGUAGCGAGUGGGCGGGCGCCCGCGCGUUACUACGAGCGAGUACUGGCGCUAGUCUACGAGCCCUAGCCCCGGAUCCGUCCGCCCGCCCGGACCUUACUGAAGGACUGUUCACACUGCUGCAGGCCAUUACCAAGAAGAAGCCACACUUUGUCGACUGGCUUGAUGAUAUCUUGGCAGACCUUGUGGACUUAGCAUGUAACUGCGUGCGCAUGUGGGAGGCGGGCGGCGCGCGCGCGGCGUGCGGCUGGCUGGGCGCGCUGGCGGCGCAGCGCCCGCCCGCGCUGCAGCCGCGCGCGCCCGCGCUCACCGCCGCCGCGCUCGCCUGCAUCGGCGGCGCGACGCCCCGCAACCAGAUCGAGCCGCUGGCGGAGCUGCUGCUGGCGCUGAACCGCGCGGCGUGGCGCGAGGCGGAGCUGGCGGGCUGGCUGCGCGCCGCGCUGGCCGCGCCCGGCUUCCCCACGCACCACGCCACAGACCCGCACAAACAUAAAUUCAUCGCCGCCGUCGUCAAGGAGAAAAGCAGUAAGCGUCGGUUAUUAGAGACGGUUCAAGAGUUCUCUUUGGUGUGCCGCGGGCUCGUCGACACAGAGUACGCGCGGCAGACGCUCGCAUCGAAGCAGCUAGUGGCGUGAAUACUCCGACCCAAACAACACAUGUACAUAGUUUUAGUGAUGUGCCAGAUCGAUAAAAUAUCCGCUGACAGGGAUAAACAUAUGGAUUUUUCAUAUUAUUAUCUUCACCCGCAAUCGAUCUAAUUGCAUAACAUUGAAAGGUUAAACCACGUUACAUUAGGACCACAUCACUUUUUACUUGAUGUGUCAAAUUUGUAAAUAAAAAGUUCACUUUGAAAUUUAAAAAUAAUUACAUGGCAGAGAAAUUUAAGAAAAAAAUCAGAUCUUCGUUCUAGAAUAUUGGCGGAUACAGAACUCAUCCGGCACAUCACUAAUAGUUUUAACGUUCUCUCAACCUCGACCCUUCUAUUAGGACUUACCUAUUAGACGUGUAAGAUAGUUACGCUCAAAUAACUUAGUUAUAUUCUCUUCGCUUAUUAAUUCCGAACAUAUAUUGAAAUCAACUUGACAUCAGAGAGUAUGAAUAGUGUAUUUUAAUGAAUUGUAUAAUAAUAUUAAACGAUGGUGAUAUCAUAGUGUAUAUAUCCGUAACGAUGUCGUUAUAGUGAUCUAAAAUAUUUAAAUAAAACAUGACAAAUUA